AUGGCAGACAGUCGAAAGCCUGAAGACGGGGCCCCCCAGUGGGACCCAUCAGGGGGGCAGGAGCCGGGUGGCACCCACGGAGCCAAUGGUUUCUCCUCCUCAGCCUACAGGACCUGCCAGCCGGGCGGGGCUCACAUGGCCACAGCUGCCUACUCUGCCAGGGAGAACGGCUUCAACGGGGAGCUCACUGGGGCUCACGCUAUAACUGCAGAACAAGUGUCGGCGCGCAUCGUACAGGAAGUGACGGCAGAGGCGGUGGCGGUACUGAAGGGAGAACAGGAAACUCAAAGGCUGCCAUCAGUUGAAGACACCACCAAUUUGCCUCCCUCUCCUCCCCCUUCACCUGCUGCAGAACACUUUGGUCCUCUGGAACAAGAUGUAGGGGAUGAGGAGGAGGCGGGCCCUCUCCGCCGCUUCCAAAAUUCUCGGGAGAGGUGCAAGUUCCUCGCCCCCUCCAUCUCAGUUUCCGUGCCCGAGGACGACCCCUACCACUCCGACGAGGAGUACUAUGAGCACCCAUUGUUCAGCCCAGAGUGGACGCACUCGGGCUCUCGCCCCACAGGGCAGGCCGUGGCCUUUAGACAGAUUGAAGAAGAGACCAUGGAGGCUCUUACAGCUGAAUACGAGGAGGAGGAGGAUGAGGAGGAGGAGGAGGAGGAGGUGGAAGAGGAGGAGGAGGAGAGUGCAGAGGCAGCAGAAUCCGAGGCAGCUCUUGAUGAGCAGCAGUGGAGUGGGGACGAGCCCGAGCUGGACAGCCCCCAUGCUGAGCCCUUAGAGCAGGCAGAGGCCGUAGACGAGGCCCAGGAUCUAGACCUGGAGCCGGCCGAGGCAGCUAGUGCUGCCGCAGACAGCUCUAUGGACAGAGAGGAGGAGGAGGAAGCAGAGGGUGAGGAGAGCCCUGAGACAGCUUUGAAGAUGGACUCAGACAAGCAGGACAGUGGGUCCAUGAGCCCAGACAGCAUUGGAUCGGAGAAACGCCCCGAGGAGUUUUUUGAGCCACAGAUGCAAGGGUUCUUUGCUGGAGAACGAGUUGUACCAGAGAGCCCCACCAUGGAUAUGCCGUCCUUUGUACCUCCAGAUGUUCAAAACCAAGCCAAAGAACCUGUCAGGUCACUCACACUUCAGCCUACAUACGGUGAACCAAUCACAGUGUCGGAGAAACAGCCAUCAGUAGAGGUGGUGGAAUUCAGCAGCAUCGGUGCUGCUUCCGAUUUCUCUUCAAUGGGAGUCAAAGUCCAAGGAGGAGACUCAACAAGAGACGCAAGAGACAGGUCUGGCAUGUCAGCAUACUUUGAAACAUCAGCCAUGGAGGUUGAUGAAGGUCCCCAGUCUAAGGGUGAGGGUUAUUAUGAACUGAGCAGAGCCGGUGAGCAGAAGACUGCAGUCGAGUCCGCGUCUCAGGAUAUCAGCUACAGCACAUUAGCCGAAGCUCAGGAUAAACCUGAAACUAAAAAAAGUACCGCAGAAGAUACUAGCAUGUUUACAGUUCCUGACAGGAGUAAUGACUGCAGACUUUCUCCAGGAAAACUCGCCUUAGAGCAGAGGAGCUACUCACUUAACAUCACCAUCGGAGCCAUGGAUCAGAGCGGGCAAGGCAGACCGAGGAACUUUUCCCCACUAGCCACAGACAUCAUGUCUUACACUAGUGGAAGUCUAGACGAGUCAGCAGACUACCUUCCAGUUACCACCCCUUCUACGGAUAAACCUCCAUCUUUCCCACCCCUGAUCCUGGAGACUGCAGCGUCAGUUACAUCAGAUUCCUCGUCUCCUCCGCGGACCUCUGAACCACCUUCAAAAUCCAGCCCCGAGCCAGAGUCUCCAGAGUCACCGCAGCCCCCAAAGAGCACCUAUAAAAACGGCACAGUGAUGGCACAAGACUUACCUGAGAUGCUGGACCUUGCUGGUACCCGUUCCAGACUGGCAUCAGAAAACACUGACCCUGAGAUCACCCGGAGGAAGUCGAUUCAAGCUGAUAUUCCUCCAUUCGCUGAUGACCCACUGGCUAGUCUAAUAUCAGGGCAACAGAGUCCUGGAGCUAGAAAGAGCGAUAGCCAACUGGAAGAGAUGGGCUAUUGUGUGUUCAGUGAAUAUUCAGGGCCCAUGCCAUCCCCUGCAGAUGUGUUCAGCCCUACAGACACAUCUGCACAAAUCUUCACCCCCUCUGUCCUGGAGGAGAAAGUGGCAGAGCAGCCGAGUGACACCUUUGUGACGCCGACUGUCACCGUGACUCUAGAAGAAGGUGGAAGGUCAGGGAGUGAGACCGAGCGACAAGCCAGCGGCGAAGGCUCGGCGUCAGAAACCGAGAUCGCUGACUACGAGAGGCAGAUCCGCAAAUUGGAGAUGGAGGACAGGCCUCUGAGUUUGGAGGAGGAACGAGAACUGCAGGAGCUCCGGGAGAAGGUGAAACUGGUGCACCAGGAAGCCUACGAGGAAGUGGAUGCAGAAGACGUGUACCAGCUGACUGGCGUCGCCAAAGACCGAAUUGCCAGGCCUGUCAAAACUUCACCCGCUUCAUCAGUGGAGAGCAACAUCGACGACGACAAGCUGCUCUCGCCGGUGCUCUCGCCUUCCAAACUGAAACAAAGAGAAGUGUAUGACAAGCCUGAAGAAAAAGAAGACGUCAAACCUGCUGAGACGGAGGCUGAAAACCUGAAAGAGGAAGUUGAGGAGGACGCGCUAAAGAAAGCAGGAGCUGGGGCAGAGGUGACAAAGGAGAUACCGGAGACUCGUGCCGCCAUCGAAUCGGUUGUGACGGUUGAAGACGAUUUCAUCACUGUGGUCCAGACCAUCGACGAAGCUGACGAGCCGGGGCACAGCGUUCGCUUCUCAGCUCCACCCGAGGCCGAAGCUAUUUGUGUCGCUGCCCGGAAAGAAGAAGAAGAAGAAGAAGAGGAGGAGGAGGAGGAAGAGGAGGAGUCUGUUGAGCUGGCCCAGGAAGCAGACAUGGAGGCUGCCAGUCUAGAGGAGGUGGGAGAUGUUCCUGAAACCCCUGCCUCGCCCGAGAGGGAGGCUCAGACCGUGGAAACGGAAGAACCAACGGAAAGCUAUGAUCGGGACGAAACCACAAUGGACGACUCCAUCCUGGACAGCUCCUGGGUUGACACACAAGACGACGAUAAGAGCAUGUUAACGGAGCAGAUCGAGCCUUUGCCCAAGAUGCCGAGUCCAGUCAGAAAGCCCGCUGUGGAAAAGCCUGUUAAACCCAAGACCAAGGGAGGGCGGCCUAAAGGACGGAUCUCCACACCGGAACGCAAACCGUUCCGCAAAGAACCCGUCUACAUCCCCAGAGAGGACGUCAAGAAGAAAAAAGCCGUGAUAAGGAAGACUGAGCUUACCAAAAAAAUGGAGACUCAGAGUCAGUCCCCGAUCAAGAGGAGCGCGAUGAAACCAGCAGUCCGCCAGACCCGUCCCAUCCAGCACCACUCCUGCCCCAGAAGGAGACCCACAGAGGCCCUACCAGACAGUCGUCAGCCCCUCAGCGUUGCCAGACAGUCUCGCGACAGAGCGUCGGUGAGAUCUACUUCUUUGUAUGUUCUCCAACAGGAUGGUGGUUCACGGAGCCCGGACAAGAGGACCUCUCUGCCGCGGCACACCUCCAUCCUGAGUCGCCGUCCAUACCACGACCACGAGGAGAGUUCUACCUCCAUCACUAGCUCUGGCUCCACGGCGCCCCGCAGACCUACAUCGUUUCGCACUGAGAUGAGGGCAGAGCAUAGGACAGGACGAGCCCCUAGUAUGACAGUUACAGAAUCGGUGCGUUCCCGUUCGGCUCGCAGUGGCCACUCCACCCCCCGCACCCCGGGCUCCACAGCCAUCACCCCAGGAACCCCUCCCAGCUACUCGUCAUCUUCGAGGACCCCCGGGACGCCACGCUCCCUCAGUUUGAUUUCCCAGGAGAGGAAGGUGGCGGUGGUCCGCACCCCGCCCAAGUCGCCCGCGACCACGCCCAAGCAGCUCCGCAUCAUCAACCAGCCACUGCCUGACUUCAAGAACGUCAAGUCCAAGAUCGGCUCCACGGAGAACAUCAAGUAUCAGCCCAAAGGAGGACAGAUUCAUAUUUUAAACAAGAAGCUGGACUUCAGUCACUCACUGUCAAAAAGCAGCUCCAAGGACAGUCUGAAGCACCCUCCCCGUGGGGCCAAUGUACAAAUACAGAACAAGAAGAUCGACUUGAGCCAUGUGACCUCCAAGUGCGGUUCUCUAGACAACAUCCAUCAUCGGCCAGGGGGCGGUAACGUGCGUAUAGAAAGCGUGAAGUUGGACUUCAAAGACAAAGCCCAAGCCAAGGUGGGUUCCCUGGAUAAUGCUCACCACAUUCCUGGUGGAGGCCACAUCACGAUCGAGAGCCACAGGUUGACGUUUCGCGACCACGCCAAGGCCCGAGUGGACCACGGAGCCGAGAUCAUCGUCCAGUCGCCGGGCCUGUCCGGCUCGGUGUCUCCCCACCGCCACCGGGACAGCCACCUAUCGUCCUCCGGCAGCCUCAACAUGAUGGAGUCGCCGCAGUUAGCGACCCUGGCGGAGGACGUCACCGCGGCUCUGGCCAAGCAGGGUUUGUGA